AUGACUACUUGCUAUUGUGGCCUAAUCAUCCUUGCCAUUGUUUGCAUUGUGGCCCUUUUCUUGAAUUACACAAUACUUCCCAUGUUGGACAAUGAAUUCAAGUGGAUUAGAAGAGAAUCAAGAUUAUUGAAAGCUUUUGUAAAAGAUGUAGUACAACUUCUGCAUUUAGAGGUUCAGAUUGACAGCGAACGGAGAACAGAUUAUGCAAAUAGAUUGCCUCCAGAUGUCUAUUCUUGGAUACAAAACUUGAUGCUCCGGAAGGACAUUCAGUGGAUCAAUGCUGGCUUUUCUGGCCUUUACCAAGGAAAGGAGACAUACGGUUUCAAAUUUAUCAGAAGACGACAGCAGAGUCUCCAAUCUCAGAAUAACCCUGUCCCCAUAGAUGACACGAUAUCUGCUGUAAACAAGAUCCAACGUCAUCUCAAUCAGGAACAAGAUAUACUUAUAGACGUAUAUCUUGAAGUCAAGGCAUUAUUGAACCAGUUGAAGGACUUAUGUAAACUUUUUGAAGAUCCAAAAGCAACUGAAGGUGUAAAUUAUUCAAGAAUGGCUUGCUUGGAAAAAAUGAGAUGCAUCUCUCUUGAUGCAGAGGAUUCCAUAACUAUAUAUAUAAAUUCAGCCAAAGGCAGGGAGAAUCAUCUAGACAACACAGGACAUGGGUCAAAGCUCUGCAUGGAAAUCAAGCGAAUCAAACAUACUAUCAAUCUUCUGAAUGGAAGUACCAAGGUAUACCACAUUGAACUAAGACAAAAGUCUAGAUCAAGCAUCGGCUUUGAAGAAGACACACAUGAAUCAGUCUCACGACUAACCAACAAUGAGGACAUCUCUGUUGAUUCCAUUGUAGGGAUGCAGGGCAUAGAGUCCAAUGAUGUCAACACACUUCUAGAAGAUGUGGGAAUCCAGGUCCUAAAGAUUAGUGAAUUACAGGAGGAACCAGAUGGAAAGGAUUUCUGGAUCAACAAAAUGAACAAGUUCUUGAAGGAAAGAAAGUUCCUUCUUGUUCUGGACAUCUUGACAAAGGAAGCCUGGGAUACUCUAAAAGAAGCAUUCCCGAAAACCACAAAUGGAAGUAAAAUUUUGCUGACCGCACACAGCAGGACUGUAGCUUCACAUGCUAAUCAAGAUAACACACCCUACCAACUUCGACUUCGAACCAAAGAAGAGAGCUGGCGGUUGUUUAUCCAGAGGGCACAGGUUCCACCUGAUAAUCUGUCACCGUCACACACAGAAGCACUAAAGGAAGUAGUGGAAAGAUGUGGGGGCUUACCCCAAGCCAUUGAAUAUCUUGUGGAUAAAUUUUCAGGAAAAGAUGUGACUGCUCUGGAUUUGAGAAGGGUGCCUAUCAAUGAUCAUUUCCAAAACGGAUGGUCCAAAACCUUGGAGAAUGAAGAUUUGAGUGAAGAUUUGAAGAAAUGUUUUUCUUACUUCAGACUCUUUCCUUGCAACUUUGAAAUUCCUACAAGGAGACUAAUUGCUUUGUGGUUGCAUAAGGUACAAAAAAAGAUUAAUGGGAAAGUAAAGACAUGUCGCUUGCCAAAUGCUUUGCUAGAGCUCUGCCUGUCCAAAUGUUUGAGUUCAGAUCGGCAACUUGCUGAUCAUUUUAACAAAAAUGACGCCAGUUUUGCUCAUAUUCAUGGUAACAACACAACAUCGGCUGAUCUGCAAGGUUAUAAAAGGCAUGUUUCCUUCCUGUCCUUUGACACACGGGAGGGAACUAAGCCUGGAGAAGACAUCGAGAACUUCCUUCGCAAGGCCAUUUCAAGUGGAUGCUUCAAAGUUUUAAAGGUUCUUGAUCUUGAACGUGUAUUCAGACCGCAACUACCCAAUGCCAUAGGAAACUUGAUUGAACUGAAGUAUCUUGGCUUAAGGUGGACUUACCUCGAGAUGAUCCCAUCAUCCAUAGGUAACUUGCGGAAGCUUCAAACUCUAGAUGUGAAGGAUACUUAUCUCCACACUCUCCCUUCUUCAAUAUGGAAACUGAAAGAACUUCGUCAUCUGAAGGAUGGGCUGGAGAAGUGGACAAACCUUCGGAAAUUGGGACUGGCACUUCAAUUACCAUCACAACAGCAAAGGGCAUUGGCAAAGUGUGUAGUGAAACUGAACAACCUUGAAUGUUUGAGUUUGAGAUCUAUUGAUGAAAUGAGCAAACCUCAGGUUCUAUACUUGGAGUCUUUGUCAGGUAUGGAAAAUCUCACCAGCCUCUAUCUAUUUGGAAAGCUAGAGAUUCCAUCCAUCAUAUCUGAGUUUCCACAAAGUCUCUCAGACCUUACCUUGUCUGCCUCUGGGCUUAAGAAUGACCCGAUGCCAGCUUUAGAUAAACUCCCCAAUCUCAAAUCACUCUGUUUCUACUCUGGUUCUUAUGAAAGAAGAGAGAUGGUCUGCUCCCGAGGGAGAUUUACCAAGCUUCUAGUUCUGAAACUUUGGAAACUAGAGAUGAUAGAAGAGCUGCAGGUGGAGGAAGGAGCAAUGCAAAAUUUGAGGGAGUUGGAUAUCAGGUCUUGCAAGGAGUUGAAGUUUCCCACUGGGUUAAAGCACCUAAAGAAUUUACGUGAAUUGAAUUCAUGGGGUAUGCCCGAGGAAUUCACAACAAGAAUCGAGGAAAUAAGGGGCAAAUUUGGGAUGUCAUUGCCCAUUUCCUACCAUUACUGA